AAUAUUAUUAAAUAUAUAUAUAUAUAAAAAAAAAGAAAAAAAAUCAACACCAGCUCACAACAACAAUGACGAACACCAAACAACCGCUACUUUUGAUAUACUUAGCCGUAGUAUUUAGUUUAGGCAUACAAGCAGGUUAUGCACAAACCACCUGCAAGAAUGGCCUGGGACGUGUCCUCUACGAACGUUUGCCCAACCAACAAUUACAGGGCUACGAUGAUGAUGUGGUACGUGACACAGCACCGCCCUUUCGUGUACUCGAGAAGUGUCAAGAUUUGUGUCUGCGCGAUCGCACCGGCACCAACAAUUUGGUGCGCACCUGCACCAGCUUCGACUUUCAACCCGGCAGUCGUAUCACCUCAUUCGGUGGCACCUCCGAAUAUGAAGAGUCCCUUUGCUACUUGACAUCCGAACAAGCCGGCCCCGAGGGUAUAGGUAGCCUAAUGCUGGUGCCCAAUAGUGUGCAUUUCAAUGAGAUUUGCUUGACUUCGAAUCGCCCGGAAAGAGAAUGUCCCAGUAGGCGUUAUGUCUUCGAACGGCAUCCACGCAAGAAAUUGAAAUUACCCAUAUCGGAUGUUAAGGAGUUUACGGCCGCGAAUCGUUCGGACUGCGAGGACAAGUGUUUGAAUGAGUUCGCCUUCGUUUGUCGCUCCGCCAACUUUGAUUCGACAAUGCGUUCCUGUACGCUGAGUAGGUUCACACGUCGCACACAUCCCGAACUACUCGAAGAUGACCCCAACUCUGACUAUCUGGAGAACACCUGUUUGAAUGCCGAACGACGUUGUGACGGUCUCGCGGUGUUCGUUAAGGAGGAGAACAAACGACUGGGCGGUCCCUUCGAAGUGGAUAUAUUCAAUAACAUGACAUUGGAAGAAUGUCAGACGAUGUGUCUGCGCGCUGAAAAAUAUUUUUGCCGUUCCGUCGAGUUUGACGAUCAGACAAAGCAAUGCAUUUUAUCUGAGGAGGAUUCCAUUUCACAAAAAGACGACAUCAGCAUCAGUUCCAGUCCGACGCAUCAUUUCUAUGAUCUCGUGUGCUUGGACAAUCAACGCGCUACCGAUUACCCCGAUAAUUCCGUCACAUCGCAUUUGUUCUCUUCGGGUCGUCGUCCCGACACCGCUUUUCAACGCUAUCGUAACUCUCGGCUGGGCGGUGAAUUUCAUUCCGAAAUUACGGGCCGCUCUUUGAGCGAAUGUCUCGAUGAGUGUUUGCGCCAAACAAGUUUCCAGUGUCGAUCGGCAGUCUACAGUGAUCGUUUUCGAACUUGUCGCCUGAGUCGCUACAAUCAAAAGGAUGGCAUGCGCAUUAUUUAUGAUGCCGACUAUGAUUAUUAUGAGAAUCUGAUGUUGAAUGUGGUCGGCGGCGGCGAUGCGGACGGACAUGGUGGCGCUGGUAAUGGUGGCAGUCACCGGCCCGGUGAACACGGCGGCUCCAAUUGGCGACCACCCAGCAAAGACGAUGAUCGUUAUGGCACUGGUGGUGGUGGUGGCGGUGGCGGUGGCGGCGGUACGGGUGGCAGAUACCCCGCCGGUGGUGGCGGUGCAGGAGGCACAGGCGGUGCAGGAGUUGAUGAGUAUGGACGUCCCUACGAUCGCUACCCAACGCCGAAUGAAUAUGAUCGUUAUCCUGGCGCUGGUGGCGGUGGAAGCGGUGGCGACCGUUACGCUGGUGAUGGCCGUUACCCACCGUCAGUUGACGGUCGUGAUCCGUAUGAUGAACGCUACCCCGGACCUGGUCGUCUACCGAGUAAUGAUCCAGAACGUUAUCCUGGUGAUCGUGAUCGCUAUCCUGGUGGUGGUCUUGACUUAUAUCCAGGUGAUCGCGAUCGAUACCCUGGUGAACGUGAUCGCUACCCUGGCGAACGUGAUCGUUACCCACUCGAUCGUGAUCGCGACCGUUAUCCCAUUGGCGAACGUGAUCGUGAUAGAUAUCCGGUGAGUGAUCGAGAUCGUUAUCCUAUUGGAGAGCGUUAUCCAGCUGGUGAUCGUGAUCGUUACCCUGUUGGCGAUCGCGAACGCUAUCCGAUUGGUGAUCGUGAUCGUGAACGUUAUCCUGGCUUCGAUGAUCGUUAUCCACCCGGUCGUUAUGGUGAGCGUGAUCGUGACCGUGAUCGUUAUCCAAUUGGUGGGUACCCACCACGCGAUCGUUAUCCCUAUAGACCUUUGGAUCGUUAUCCUGUGCCGCCUAUUACCGAUAAUGGCUUACCAAGUGACGUGCCACACACUCGACCUUAUCCGCCCGACGACGAUCUAUCUUAUCGACCUUACGGAACUACAGGUCGUUAUCCAGAAGAUCGCUACGCCAGUCGCUACCCCUCACGUUAUCCACCAGCAAGAGACCCCGUGGGUGGUUAUACCGGACGUGAUGCGCCCGAUAGCUUCUUUUUGGAUAAACGUUUUCGCCCAUCCUCAAUCGAUUCGCGUUAUCCAUUAUUGACUGAUGGCCGUGGUGGAUUACCACCACCGCGAUACGGACCAGAUGGACGUUAUCCACCAGAUGAUCUAAUACAUAGCGCGCGUAGGCCGGAGCCAGAGUCCGCCAAACGAUUCCCACCCGCGCCUUUAGUGCCACCCACAACGAUAAGUAAAUAUCCCUCAUCGCCCAAUCGAUUUCCGGUAGGUACAGAUCGCUAUCCAGUCGAUAUAUAUAAAUAUGGUAAUCGAUAUGGUAGCAGUGGCAGUAGCUCUGGCGUCAGACCAGGUUAUGACCGUCCACCCCCACCACCCCACUACUAUGAUGUGGACUAUGAGGAACGCUAUGGUGAUCGUUAUGGCGGUUACGAUCGUGAAUAUGAAGGUCCGAUCGGCAGACGUCCAUUUAGCGGAGGCGGAGGUGGUAGCGGUUAUCCUCACUAUGAAAGUCCCUUCAAUCGUCCAUAUGGCCAUGGUGCAGCGCCACCACCACUCAACGACAACCGUCCUCUACCACCACCAUUACAUUCUUAUGGCGGUGGUGGGCUUGGUGGUCUGGGACCAGUUGCUCCUGCAGGUCCGCCACGUCCACAGGUGACGCGUUGUGAGGAAACCGACAAUUUCAAGCAGAUUGCGGCGCGCCAUAAAAUGCGUCGACACUAUGUACGAAGAUCACUAGUCGUGCCCUCCCUCAUCCAAUGCGAGCGGGAGUGUAUUGAGUCGCGCGAAUUCGUAUGCCGUAGCUUCAAUUACAGAGAUGCGGCAGCUACAAAUUAUGAUGAACGCGAUCUACCCAACUGUGAGCUGAGCGAUCGCGACUCACGUGAGCUGGAUGUGCACGAUCCGAACUAUUUUGACGCGGCCAAUUAUGAUUAUUACGAACGCAGUUUGGGUCGCAGCGAUGGCGAGUGCAUGGAUGUUACGCAAACCUGUAACGAAGAGGGCAUGGAAUUCACUAUACGUACACCGGAGGGCUUCCUCGGACGCAUCUAUACCUAUGGCUAUUACGAUCGUUGUUUCUUCCGCGGCAAUGGCGGCACUGCGAAUGUGUUACGCAUCAGCGGUCCACAAGGCUAUCCGGACUGCGGCACACAAAGAUACGGCGACACGCUGACCAACAUUGUGGUUGUGCAAUUCUCUGACAAUGUGCAAACCAGUCGCGAUAAACGGUAUAACUUGACUUGCGUCUUCCGUGGACCAGGCGAAGCGGUCGUUACUUCCGGUUAUAUUGGUGCAGGUCUUUCCGAUUCCGACAGAUCUGGCAGUCCCAUACCCAUUGAAUACUUGCCGGCUGAGAAUACACUAAGCUCCAAAGUGCGUCUAAUGAUACUCUACCAAGGCAGACCGACUACGACAAUAGCAGUUGGUGAUCCAUUGACCUUCCGAUUGGAGGCGCAAGAUGGUUACAAUCAUGUAACGGAUAUAUUUGCAACAAAUGUGGUCGCACGCGAUCCAUAUUCGGGCAGGAGCAUACAACUUAUUGAUAGAUUUGGCUGCCCUGUCGAUCCGUAUGUCUUCCCCGAAUUGGAUAAAUUGCGUGAUGGUGACACUUUGGAAGCACGUUUCAAUGCCUUCAAAAUACCCGAAUCCAAUUUCCUUGUCUUUGAAGCCACCGUACGUACUUGUCGCGAUGGCUGUCAGCCAGCUUACUGCCCGGGUGCAGCGGGUCGACAAGAGCCGUCGUUCGGUCGGCGCAGGCGCUCGUUGAAUGCGACUGAAAUUGCUGAAGCGGAAACAAAUACUGAGCCGGUGGCGGAACGUUUAAUCGAGGAUUUGUCGGAAGUGAAUAGCACAAAAGUGACAGGCACACUGGGCGAUUUUAACAAAACAGCCACAAGCGAUGACAAGUCCGCUCAAGAGUUGGAGGAACCAGAGCAAGUGCGCGAAAUGAUUGAGGUAUUCGAAACGCGCGAGGAGAUCGAAAAGGAUACUUAUCCACGCAAACUCGUUGCACCCAUUGAGACCGUGUGCAUGACGCCCUCCGAGUAUCACGGCCUUAUAACUGCUAUCAUAUUACUAAUGAUUCUACUAUUCAGCAUCACUUUGCUUUCCGGCCUCGCUUACAGGCGUUACUGGGCCACGAUGUCGAAGAAUCGCAUUGCCGAUCGCCAUUCACCCAUUCACUCACUCGGUCAUUCCUCGAUACGCACACACGAACGUUUCAGUGAGAUCGGCCAAAUGCCGAGCGGUAGCGGUAAUGCAAUGCCAAAUCGUACGGCGAAUGGCUUUCGGGCAAAUAUGUCUAUGUUUGGCGGAAGUUUGCACAAAACCUUUGCCACUGGCAACUUAGCGCGCAUGUGUCAACUGCCGGUCAUCAAUCCGAUGCGCAAUAAUUCCAAUACAAAUCAUCAAUUCGAGGACCCUAGCGAACCAAUCUAUACUGAUCCAUCGUUGUUCGAACGUUCUAGAUCGCUACGCAGUCUAACCACUGAAGAGGAAGCUGAAAAUCGUCAAGCUGUUUAAGAUUAGAAAAUCUGAAUAACAAGAAGCAGACCUAAAAAGUAGCACUCGUCCAAAAAUCAAUAUAAUCGAUUUUUAUACAAGAAAAAAGAUAAAAAUUA